AUGGCACAACCUGGAGGAGACGUACAGGUGCCUAUCGCACAGCAGAAGUCGCCCAUAGCCAUCAAUUUGGCCAACUACUUGAAAGACAACAAAAUUUUGAAGGAGAGAACCGGGUUGUUGAACAACACAGACGACAUUGACUUUUUCAGAUUCAAACGGUUAAUUAGAGCAUUAUUGAGUGAUGACUACAAGUCCAAGCAGCAGAACCCUAAGAACGGGCUUCCGUUGAUUGCCAACGAGACCGAGGCUCAAAAGAUCUUCAUUAUGUUGAUCCAGAACCAAUUGUUGCUUCCGUUGCAGAAGUUGCACUUUGUCGAGAUCAAGCAACACCGAGGCUGGAAGCCCAACAAGACCAAGCCCACCUUGGUCAGGAUCGAAAAGGCCACCUUGGAUGCCAACGCAUACUUCGGCUGGAUCUACACCAAGCCCAACCCCUACAUUCUCCUCUACAGUAUUUUGGCGAUUGUGGGUGUGUUCAGUGUGAUUUUGUUCCCAUUGUGGCCUGCGUUCAUGAAGCGUGGUGUGUGGUACUUGUCCAUGGCCGCGUUAGGAGUUAUCGGAUUGUUUUUUUUGACUGCCAUCGUGCGUUUGAUCAUCUACAUCAUUUCUUUGGUGGCAUUCCCCAAGCCAUUCUGGUUGUUCCCUAACUUGUUUGAGGACUGUGGUGUCAUAGAAAGUUUCCAGCCAUUGUACGGCUGGGAAGAGCCCAAGAAGAAGAAGGCCAAGAAGGGCAAGAAAAACGAGGGUGCCGAAUCCACCAAGGCCGAGCCUACUGGGGCAGCCACUGGCUCCUCGGUGGCUCAAGGCAACGUGACCAAGCGUAAGGUCACCUUAGAAGAAGUCGAUGAGUAG